AUGAAGCUCACUUUCAAGGACCUGAAGCAGGAGAAGUUCGUCAUCGAUGUCGAGCCUUCUGAGACUGUUCGCGAGGUCAAGGUCAAGAUCGCUCAAGAAAAGGGCGAGUACGAAGCAGAGCGCAUGAAGGUUAUCUACUCCGGAAAGAUCCUUCAAGAUGACAAGACAGUCGAAUCUUAUAAUAUUCAAGAAAAGGACUUCUUAGUCUGCUUGCCUUCAAAGCAACCCAAGGCCCCUGCCGCCGCCUCUCAAGUCCCUUCUACCCCGGCUCCUCGAGCCCCAGUAUCGACACCCGCUGCCCCUCCAGCUCCCCAGGCUGCCGCUGCUCCUCCUACAUCUGCUGCUCCCGCAACUCCUUCCCCGGCUGGUGCUGCCCAGACUGGGCCCGCCUUUGGCGACCCCUCGGCUUUGUCCAUGGGCUCUGCCGCUGAGGGCGCAGUUGCCCAGAUGGAGGCGAUGGGUUUCGCCCGCACCGACAUCGAACGCGCCAUGCGCGCUGCUUUCUUCAACCCCGACCGCGCUAUUGAAUAUCUUUUGACCGGUAUCCCCGAUAACAUCCAGGAACAGCAGCAGCAGCAACGGCAGGAAGCCGAAGAGUCAGCUCCUACUGGGGCCGCUCCUCCCGCUGCCACCGGUGGCGAAGAGCCACUGAACCUCUUCGAAGCUGCUGCCCAAGCGGGUGGUGAAGGUGGCCGAACCCGUGGUGCUGGUGCCGCCGCCGGUGCCGGUGCCGGUGCUGCUGGUGGUGAGGCCCUCGGAAGCCUCGAGUUCCUCCGCAGCAACCCCCACUUCCAACAACUCCGCCAACUUGUUCAACAACAGCCCCACAUGCUUGAACCCAUCCUACAGCAGGUUGCCGCCGGGAAUCCCCAGAUUGCUUCGAUCAUCGGUCAGAACUCCGAUCAGUUCUUGCAGCUUCUCGGUGAGGAACUUGAUGAUGACGAGGGUGCUUUGCCACCCGGUGCACAGGCUAUCUCGGUUACGGAAGAAGAGCGCGACGCCAUUGAACGUCUGUGCCGUCUCGGCUUCCCCCGCGACUCGGUCAUCCAGGCAUACUUCGCCUGCGACAAGAACGAGGAGUUGGCAGCCAACUUCCUCUUCGACCAGCCCGACGAGGAUGAGGAGUAG